AUGCCUUUUGUCGCAAACACUCCCGAGUCUUAUCUCGGUCGAUCCGACUCAAAACUCGCUGACGGAACAUGCUGCGGCCUGACAUCAAACGGAAAACCAUGUCGUCGCCCAGUCGUCCAGCAGAAUCCCCCCAAGAAAACCGACAAGCGCAGACGCCCUGUCGCGCCUGAUCCACGCGAUGAAGGCUCUUACUGCUGGCAGCAUCGCGAACAAGCAAACAUUUCAGCCCAAUCCAGUCCUGGCCCGCGACCUACUGCGACCCCCAUCUUGGAAGGACGCACGAGCUUGGAUACCUUGACGGAUAGAUUGGGAUUGGUGGACCUAAACGAAAAGAAGCACGGCAAUGGGAGACUCAACUCUUCGAAACCACAGUCGAAAAAGUCGUCUCUGCUGUGCUGCUUUUGCUUCUCGGUUCCUGAAGAAGAUGAGGAACUAGAACGCCCACAACCACACCCCGUUCAGCACACAUCCAACCAAGGACUAGCACCACAAGCCGUAUCUGGCGGCAGGUCUUCCCGCAAAUCACGUAAAUCAACGAGCUCGCGGACAGCGACCAUCAAAGAUUUCAUCCCCGACACUCUGGACACCACCACAGCCUCAGCGCUGAUGACCGAGAUGUCCCGUCCGUUCGGCAGUGGAGAAGAGCCUGGCUUCAUCUACAUGUUCUGGCUCACUCCUAUGACCCAGUCCAAAUCAGCUGCGCCCGUUGACGCAGCACGUUCCCUCCUAGCACCACCAUCCCCAAACAACCAAUCGCGCUCGCGAAGCGCAAGUAACGCUGUGCGCAAUUACGCAGCUUCAGACCCAAACAGCUCUAAAAACACCAUGCUUCUCAAGAUCGGCCGCGCAGCCAAUGUGCAGCGCCGACUGAACGAAUGGCAACGCCAGUGCGGCCGCGAAGUUGAGCUCCUACGAUACUACCCGUAUAUUCCUGGGUCGCAGGAAUCUUCAGGUGUAGUCCCUCACAUGACGCAGCACGUGCACCGUGUAGAGCGCUUGGUGCACCUCGAGCUUUCGGGAAUGGGGUUCAAGGCGGAUGCGGGCAAGUGUGCCGCUUGUGGUAGAGAGCAUCGCGAGUGGUUCGAGGUACAAGCCACAAGAGAUGGCAUUAAAGCUGUCGAUGAUAUCAUCAGACGAUGGAUAGAAUGGGAUGAGACAAACUCAUAA